AUAAAACACUACAGUGCCAGUACUUCAAGUGAUUCGCUAGGACUUAUGUCGCGGCGCCUUGCCAACUCCCCGAGACUCAUUAGCUUUAGUCCCGACUGUGCGGAAAUUGUCUAAGGGAUUCAGAUACAUGUCGGUCGCAGCGGCAGCGGAGUCGCCAGGAGUUUUGCAAUUUCCUUUGUUCCGCUCGCGCUAUUUUCCAGCGGCCUGCUGGGUUUCGGGCAUGAGUACCGGUGGGCAGCCAUCGACGUCCACGGCCUCGUCGCCAGGCUCGUUCAACAAGCCAGCAUUGAAGUCGCUGGACCUUCGUUCGCUGCCUGUGGAAGACGCCGCGCCUAGCGAAACGCAGCUGCGGCGACAAAAAUACCUAUUCUUUGAGAAGCACUGCUCGGAGGUGUCCCCUGGGCUGUUCCUAUCGGGCGACUAUGUGGCGAAGAACCGCGAGACCCUGCGCCAGGCGGGCGUGACGCAUGUGCUAAAUUGCGUAGGAUUCAUCUGCAAAGAGUACUUCAAGGAGGAGCUGACCUAUAAGACCCUGUAUCUGCAAGACACGCCCGCGGAAGACAUCUCCUGUGUGCUCUAUGAUUCGCUCAACUACAUCGACGCGGCGCUGCAGUCGGGCGGGCGGGUGCUGGUGCACUGCAGCCAGGGCGUCAGCCGCUCCGCCACUCUGGUCAUUGCCUAUAUGAUGUGGCGCAGCGGCAAACCGUACGACGAGGUGUUUGCGGCGGUGAAGGGCAUCCGCGGCGUGGCCAACCCCAACAUCGGCUUCACCUGCCAGCUCCUACAGUGGCAGAAGCGCGCCGCAUCGGCGCGCAGCCGCAUGCGCAUGUACCGCAUCGCGCCGCACUGCAUGCAUGCGCCCACCUACCUGGUGCCCAAGCUCAUCACGCCGCCCAAGCAGUACCCCAACAACACGCACCGUGACCUGGACCCCCGCGGCGCCUUCGUGCUGCAAACGCCGGGCGGACCCACUUACGUGUGGCGUGGCGAGCACUGCCCAGACGCCUACAUGGAGGCAGCACACCGGGCGGCGGCGCACUUGCAGAAGUUCGAGGGCGCGGGGCCGACCUUGGAGGUGCAGCAAGGCGCCGAGCCGCCGGAGCUGGUGGCGCUGCUGGACCCGGCGCCGCUGGACGCGGAGGCGGCGCGCAUCAACGCCAAGCGCUCGUCCAUCACGGGCGAGAUCGAGCUGACCUCCUCGGCCAUGCUGGGCCGGGACGCCGCGGCGGGGCUAGGGCAGCCGGGGGAUAUGGAGGUGGACGUAGCCGAGGCGAGGCCGGCACAGCGGCCAGUCUUUGGCGUGGGGCCUGACCCUGACUCUGCGGCGCUGCCCAUGGAGCUGGGCACGCCACGACCAGCGGCGACAGGGGCAGGGCCAACGGGGGUGACAGCAGUAGGCUCCAGUUUCGCGGCUGCAGUAGAUGGCGUACUGGACGAGGUGGCGUCCUCGGGCCGGUCCGACUCAGACAUGUCGGCUGGACGGGAAAGCACGCGAUGGGUGCCGCAGGAGCGGGAUGAGUACAGCGACGACUACGCGCUGUUCCACGGCGGGGCGGGGCCGGGCGGCGUGGGCUUUGAGGGAGCCAUGCGUGCAUCCUACGACACCGCCGGAGCGUCCCUGACGGUGUCGGGGAUGGCGAGUGUGGCGGGUGGGCACGGCGACCCGCUGGGUGUGGGCGGGCGGCCGGAGAGCCCCGCCGCCAAGGAGGGCCGCCACAAGAAGUACCGCCGCGCCGAUUCGGAGCGGCCCAAGAUGGGGCUGGGCUACUGGACGGCCGCCUGCUCGGAUGGCAUCGGGCCGGAGCUGGCGCGCACGCAUAAUGUGUCCUCGCUUCAUGAAAGCGUGGACGAAGAGCUGUUGGGACUGGGGCCACAUGAGUGAGAGACAGCAGUUGUAGCCUGGGUAAGAUGUGGUAUGGCAUCUAUACGGCAUGGGUUUGUGUUGGGCACUACGAUUUACCGGUACUUGGCAACGUUUGAAUACGAGAGACCGUCAACUGUGACAGUAUGUGAUGCUGCAGGGUUAAGGGGAUACGCUUUGCGCACGAAUCACCGGUAACUCCGCGCAACCACUUGGCUCCACCUGGACGCUUAUGCUAUGGCAAAAUCUAAUCGCAUGAGCAUGCGAAUGGACCUGCAAUGCAUUUGUGUGGCAUGGGCGUUUGGUGACGGCCUGGGCUUGCGACGCCCUCAUGUGCAUGGGCAAUCCAUAGGUGAUUUAGCCCCGAUUGGAUCAGAUGGAGCUUGCCGUGCCACCAGCCUUUCGUCCUCUGUUAGCUCCUGUAGCUGUAGCUGGGCUUGCGGUGUUGGGCUGGCAUGCGACGAUAUAGCUGGACCACAGGUGGUUGACUUUUUGUGAUUGGUCCCCCCCCCCCAGGAUUGCCCCUGUCCGUGCCUGCCUGCCUGCGUGCGUGUGCGGGAGUCGACAAAAAGUACCAUAACGGGAGAACAUAAAUUGUGAUUGGUGGCUGUCUGCUGCUUUCUGCAGAGUAUCAUGAUCAAGCAUGUAUUGAUUGUAUUCAGAUUCUCAAGUGCUACGGAGUACGUACACUUCUGAUGUGGACGGAGCUCUGCUGCCCCCAAAGCCAAAGCCAAAGUGCGCUGGGCUGCACUGCAAGUUGUUGGAAACUGGACAUUCAUUGUAGGUCAUCUGGGCGGGCUUGGCAAGGAUGCCACAGCAAGCACCAACCAG